AUGAUACGAAAGACGCUGCUGUCCAUCUUACCUAUGAUACGAAAGACGCUGCUGCCCAUCUUACCUAUGAUACGAAAGACGCUGCUGCCCAUCUUACCUAUGAUACGAAAGACGCUGCUGUCCAUCUUACCUAUGAUACGAAAGACGCUGCUGCCCAUCUUACCUAUGAUACGAAAGACGCUGCUGUCCAUCUUACCUAUGAUACGAAAGACGCUGCUGUCCAUCUUACCUAUGAUACGAAAGACGCUGCUGCCCAUCUUACCUAUGAUACGAAAGACGCUGCUGUCCAUCUUACCUAUGAUACGAAAGACGCUGCUGCCCAUCUUACCUAUGAUACGAAAGACGCUGCUGUCCAUCUUACCUAUGAUACGAAAGACGCUGCUGUCCAUCUUACCUAUGAUACGAAAGACGCUGCUGCCCAUCUUACCUAUGAUACGAAAGACGCUGCUGCCCAUCUUACCUAUGAUACGAAAGACGCUGCUGCCCAUCUUACCUAUGAUACGAAAGACGCUGCUGCCCAUCUUACCUAUGAUACGAAAGACGCUGCUGCCCAUCUUACCUAUGAUAUGA